AUGGCCGACGCUCCGUAUGAUCCCUACGUUCCCAAGGCCGGCGCCGACCAGUCCGGCGGCGUGUCGCGCACCCAGGCGCUUCAAGGCGAAAUCGACGCAACGGUUCAAGUGAUGCGAAACAACAUUCAAAACGUGGCUCAGCGUGGUGACCGCCUGGACGUCCUGCAAGAUAAGACCGAUAACCUGGCGGAAUCCGCACAGGGUUUCCGCCGCGGUGCCAACAGAGUGCGAAAGCAGAUGUGGUGGAAGGACAUGAAGAUGCGAGUCUGCAUCGUCGUCGGAAUCAUCCUGCUCCUGGUUGUCAUUAUCGUUCCAUCAGGUGAGUGA